ACGUCCAUCGAGUUCUCUGCACGCGAGGCCCUGUGGGAUAAAAAGGGCCAAGAACGGGUGUACCCCUGUAUUUCGGAGGAAUAGGAACUACAAUUCCCAGAGGACUGUGCGACCCAGAGUCUCCGGCGGCCCUCUGAGGGGCUCAAUCAGUUUCAGCGCGUUGGGGUCUGCCCCAGCCGGAUGUAGUGUACUGCCCUGGCGGGAUGGGCGGCCCAGUGGGGGUCGUGCCUCCUGGAGCCGCCCCUGGGACGUGAGUCCUGGAGGAGGCAAGGGUUGCUUCAGUUGUUGAGAAGACUAUGAACAGAUCAGAGAACUUGCUCUUUACUGGCUCCUCAUUAGCAUCCCAAGUUCAUGCUGCUGCUAUUAAUGGAGAUAAGAGCGCUCUUCACAGGCUCAUCAUAGGAAACGCUGCCCUUAAAGACAAAGAAGAUCAGUUUGGGAGAACACCACUUAUGUACUGCGUGUUGGCUGACAGGCUGGACUGUGCAGAUGCCCUCCUGAAGGCGGGCGCGGAUGUUAAUAAAACUGACCACAGCCAGAGAACAGCCCUGCAUCUUGCAGCUCAAAAGGGAAAUUAUCGCUUCAUGAAGCUCUUACUGACACGUAGAGCAAAUUGGAUGCAGAAGGAUCUGGAGGAGAUGACUCCUUUGCACUUGACCACCCGGCACAAGAGCCCUAAGUGCUUAGCACUUCUGCUGAAGUUCAUGGCACCAGGAGAAGUGGACACACAGGAUAAAAACAAGCAAACGGCUCUGCACUGGAGUGCCUACUACAAUAACCCCGAGCAUGUGAAGCUACUUAUCAAGCAUGAUUCCAACAUCGGAAUUCCCGAUGUCGAAGGCAAGAUCCCACUUCACUGGGCAGCCAACCACAAAGACCCGAGCGCUGUUCAUACCGUGCGGUGCAUUCUGGAUGCCGCUCCAACGGAGUCCUUACUGAACUGGCAAGACUACGAGGGCCGGACGCCCCUACACUUUGCAGUCGCUGAUGGGAACGUCACGGUGGUGGAUGUCCUGACCUCGUACGAAAGCUGCAAUAUCACGUCUUACGAUAACCUGUUUCGAACCCCGCUUCACUGGGCAGCGUUACUGGGCCAUGCACAGAUUGUCCAUCUCCUGUUAGAAAGAAAUAAAUCUGGAACCAUCCCCUCUGACAGCCAGGGGGCAACACCCUUGCACUAUGCAGCGCAGAGUAACUUUGCUGAAACAGUUAAAGUCUUUUUAGAACAUCCUUCGGUGAAAGAUGAUUCCGACCUCGAAGGAAGAACGUCCUUUAUGUGGGCCGCUGGGAAAGGCAGUGAUGACGUCCUUAGGACUAUGCUGAGUUUAAAGUCUGACAUUGACAUCAACAUGGCAGACAAGUACGGAGGCACUGCUUUACAUGCUGCUGCCCUUUCUGGCCAUGUCAGCACUGUGAAGUUGUUAUUGGAAAAUAACGCUCAAGUAGAUGCUACUGAUGUCAUGAAACACACUCCACUUUUCCGAGCCUGUGAGAUGGGACACAAAGAUGUCAUUCAGACACUUAUUAAAGGUGGAGCAAGAGUAGAUCUAGUUGACCAAGAUGGACAUUCUCUUCUACACUGGGCAGCACUGGGAGGAAACGCUGAUGUGUGCCAGAUAUUGAUAGAAAAUAAGAUCAACCCAAAUGUGCAAGAUUACGCGGGAAGAACCCCUUUGCAGUGCGCUGCCUAUGGGGGAUACAUCAACUGCAUGGCAGUGCUCAUGGAAAAUAAUGCCGACCCUAACAUUCAAGACAAAGAGGGAAGAACAGCUUUGCACUGGUCCUGUAACAAUGGAUACCUCGAUGCCAUUAAAUUACUACUAGACUUCGCUGCUUUUCCUAAUCAGAUGGAAAACAAUGAAGAGAGGUACACUCCCCUUGACUACGCCCUGCUCGGCGAGCGCCACGAAGUGAUCCAGUUCAUGUUGGAGCACGGCGCCCUGUCCAUCGCGGCCAUACAGGACAUCGCCGCCUUCAAAAUCCAGGCUGUCUACAAAGGGUACAAGGUCAGGAAAGCCUUCCGAGACCGGAAGAAUCUCCUCAUGAAGCACGAGCAGCUGAGAAAAGACGCUGCGGCCAAGAAGCGAGAGGAAGAAAACAAGCGAAGAGAAGCAGAACAGCAGAAGGGAAGGCUGAGUCCCGACCCCUGCAGGCCCCGAGCCCUCCCCUGCCUGCCCAGCACCCAGGCCAAGCCCCACAGGCAGAGCGGGGGCCCCAGCACCCAGCCGUCCACCCGUGACGUGGCCCGGAGCCCCGAGCAGAGAAUCUGCAGAGGGUCUCCAGGCAGAAGGUCUCCGAGCAAAGCUCCCCAGAAGGAGCAGCAUCUCUCCCCAGGCUUUCAGGGACCAGACCCCAGAAAGCCAAAUGAAGCCUCCAGAGAACAUCCUAAGAGCCGAUCUGCCUGUGUCCACUUCAGCCCCAGUGAAGGCGCCGAUGGAGACAGGUGUCCGGGAGCCACCUCCGCGGACAAGUCCAGAGGUGAGACGGUCGGCGAGCAGCCGUGUGACAAGGGGAAAGGCUCCUCGAAGCAGCCCUCCUGCGUCAGGGUGGCCGGGCCUGAUGAGAAAGGAGAGGACCCUGGCUGGGCAGCUACAAGCCUUCCACAGCAGGACGGUCACCGGAAGGCCGGCAGGCGGCACGACGCAGCACCCAAGGCCAAAUGUGCCACCCAGAAGAGGCGCAUCCAAGAGCUCAGAGGAGGAAGGUGCUCCCCAGCUGGCUCCAGCCGGCCUGGCAGUGCCAAGGGGGAGGUGCUCCAUGCCGGGCAGAAUCCUCUCCACCACCGGACACCAAGGAACAAAGUCACGCAGGACAAGCUCGAAGGAGAGAGCCUCUCAGAUUUGCCUCAGGGGACAGAGGUGCUGAGGUCAGGGAUCAGGAAGUUGGGCAUAUCCACCCUGUCUGAGGAUGCUCCGACACCUAAGGAGACUAAUCCAGCUCCCGGUCCCCUCUCCGGGCAGAGCGUGAAUAUCGACCUGCUCCCUGUAGAGCUGCGGCUGCAGAUCAUCCAGAGAGAGAGAAGCAGGAAAGAGCUGUUUCGCAAGAAGAACAGGGCGGCAGCAGUCAUCCAGCGGGCCUGGAGAAGCUACUGGCUCAGGAAGCACCUGUCCCACCUGCUGCACAUGAAGCAGCAUGGAGCCAGGAAUAUGGACAGAUGGAGCCGCGAGUGCAUGGCACUGCUCCUCCAGGUUUGGAGGAAGGAGCUGGAACUAAAGCACCCAAAGACCAUCACAGUAAGCAGGACCGCCAAGAAUCCGUCCAAGAGCAGCUCGGGCGCAAGGUCCACCAGACACUCGGUGCUCAAGCAGAUCUACGGUUGCUCUCAAGAAGGGAAAGUCCGUCAUCCCACAAGAUCUUCAAAAGCCCAGUCUGUGCUGCGUCUCAACUCAGUGAGCAACUUGCAGUGUAUACACCUCCUUGAGAACAGUGGAAGAUCUAAGAAUUUUUCUUACAACCUGCAACCAGCCACUCAAUCAAAAAACAAAACAAAGCCUCGACUGCCUGUGGAGGAAGACUGCGCCCGGGGUAACUGGAACAGCUAGUAGGGAGCUCUAACUCUCUGCUGAUUAUCUUUGACAUCUUGGGUAAACUUGAAUACCCAUGCCUGAAGCCUCGUUAGCCUGAAAAUGUGGUAACAACAGAAAGAAAAUGUCAGAAUGAUUUAUCUCUGUUCUUAUACUACAUUGUUUGGACAUUACUUUAACCUGCGCUAUAAAGACCAGGGUAGACCACACUUAUGGGAAACGGCCUAGAUGUCUGCCUUUACCUCAGUCAGUACGGAUAGGAAGAACUUACAACCACAGUAAAACCUAAGGUAAACUAAGACCACGAAGGCUGCUGGGCUGGGAUUUUUGCCAGCCAGCUGCUGCAGGCCUGGUUUUUGUGUGUUUUGGUUUUGUUUUGUUUUGCUUCAGUGAAGAACCUAAAUGAGACAGGGAGGAGCCUGUCCUAUAGCAGCCCCCUUCAUGUCACUCUUUUUUCUGGAAUCUAAUGCAACAAACUCCAUUACAGACACCACAUCCCAUUAUUCCAACAUUACGGUUUUAAGUGUGAGACCAGAAUCGUGGCCCAGCGUAUGCUUUCAGAAAUUAACUCUAAGACCACAAUAGGUGUUCUGUUCACCUGUUGAUUCCUUACACAUCACAGUUCAUGUGAGCCUCUGAAGACCACAGGCUGCAACCACAUCCUCUGUGAACAGUAGUCCUGCUAUCACAAGACACCAAAGAAAGCAGUCGGGCAGGUGCCGAGACACCGUUUACGCACAAGGUAUCAAUUCAGGCCUUAACAUUCCACUUGUGCUUUCUGUCUGACCUGUAGAGGGAGCAAUCUUAUCAAAACGCCAUUCCUACUGACAGGAAAAUGCUGUUAACUACACACCUUCCAGCUCUCUAAGAAUACAUGGUUUAAACGAAAUCUAGUGAUUGGGGGUUUGGGGACUUAAAAGCUUUUGCACGUUUUUUAAGGACAAAGCUAAUGUAGGAAUUAUAGACAGGCAUAAACAGUGAUGGCAUAGUAGGCUCACAAGCACUUCCAGGGUUGCUCCCAUUUUCUUAAGAUUACUGACACCCUGGUCUUGACAGUAAGAGAUAGGAAGCAACCAAGUGUUAACCCCCUGGAUUUUUUAUAGUCUGCUAAAUUAUUUCAUGAUUAGGAAAACGAAUAUAUCUCAGAACUCACUAUAUAUAGCCAGUUAUCUUUUAAAAACUAUGAUGGGUUAGAAAAUCACUUUUGAAAGCAGUUAUCUCAAUCAAACCAGCCACCACACAGGCAUAAGAAAAUCAAAAAACAACGGUAGCACUGUCUCGAAAUCGUGCCCCUGUGCCGAGGGCUACAAAACCUCUGUAAAUACCAACUCCAUAGUGAGAAGCUCAAUGUCAUCAUGGAUCAGAGUGACCACUCCCAAAUGAGACAAAA